UUGAAAAAAUGGCGCUCACUAUUGACGAAGGUUGGAUUCGUGAACGAGUCAAGCUAAAACACGACCAUCUAGAUGACGUAAAAUCAUUGUCGUUACCUGGCACAUAUCAAGAAAAGAUCACGUCUGUGGGUAAUGCUCUGAGAGGAUUCAUGCGGCUCAAAAAUCUGGACUUGUCAAGGAAUUCUAUCAACAACAUCGAGGGUUUAGAACACUUGCAAGUAUUGGAAAAUCUUAAUUUGUAUCCUUUUAAGAUUCUUAUAGUAGCUUCAGAUUUCAAUGAUAAUAUUUUAUCUUCUAACCCAAAAAUGGAACAUGAAAGAAAAUCAAUUCCAAGGGCUGAUAUGAUUCGCAAUCUUGGACCAAGGAACACAGCCUUUGAAGAAGAUGAUGUUGCUAUACUGGACAUGAUAGCAAGGACUGACGGCGAUCUUAACCAACCAAGAAGAGUGACAGGCUCAUCAGCAAGACAGCCUGACUUGGAUGACUUCACUAGAGAUGAAAUCCACAGGAUGAUGCAACCAGUCGAAACACCAAAGAAGCACAGAACAGAAAAUACACAAACAAACAGGAAUGAAAGAAGCCCUUCACGUAUCAAAGACAGAGUUUAUGUCCAGUUUGCUGACGACCUCAAAGAUAACCCUGAACAACAUCUAAAGUAUACUGACGAGUCCUCUGCUUAUUCGACUUCAAACACAAGAGGACAUUUCACUGCUAAUCCUUUGGCCAGUGAUUACGUUAAUGGUCUUGGAAGUACAAGAUCACGUGACCAAGCUGUCAAUCAAGGGAAAUACCAAGGUACUGGACAACAUGUUGGUCAUUCGCAGGAGUCGGCAAGAACAUAUGAUUUCUUUUCACCUGAAAAGCGCCAAGACCACAAAACAAGGAGUGAGAUAGAAUAUGAUAGGGAUCUGGAUUCUGGGCAAGCACAUGAAAGAUCAACACAUAGCAGUCAGCCAAGGCAAAGAUCUCCUCAGCAAACACAAGGACAGCUUGCUGAUAGAAUUGGACAACAAUAUUCUGAAGAUUUGAUCAUGUCGUCACCUCUGAGAGAGUUCAGUAAAGAUGGUCUAAUUUCAUCAAGAAUGGCUGAUACAGAGCAGAAUUCCCAGACAGAAGUACUCAACAAACUACUAGAUUUAGUUGACAGGUACUGGAAUGGAUCCAAGUCUCUGCACAGAAACUCAAAGUUUCAAAGUUUGGCUCUCAAACUUCUUUCAUCUCAAUCUUCCACACAUCAUCCCUCAACACCUGGUACCAGUGAUAAACUAAGAGCAGAAUUAUCUGAGAGAACUAUGGAGCUAUCACGGCUAAGAGACCAAAUGGCAGAACAACAAAGAGACCUUGAAAGCAUGCGCAGUAAGGUCAAAGGUCAAGAAGGUGUAAGGGGCUCCCUGGAGGCUACAUCCCAAGAACUGGUUAUUGUCACAUCAAAGCUGAAAGAGGUACAGGAAGACAACGGUUUAUUGAAGGCUAAAGUUGUAUCUUUGGAAGCAAGGAAUCUGACUGCAACAGAACAAGAAAAACAACUGGGUGAACUUAUUAGGAGGAACAACAGCUUAGAAGAGAAGGUACAAUCACUUAAUCAACAAAUAUCUCAACAAAAUUCAAACUUGGAGCAGCUACAGGACCUAACAAACAUGUUACAAGAGAGCCACAGAUCUCUGGUUGCCACUAACGACCACCUGCUGGCUGAAUUAGAUGAAACUCGGCAGCGUCAUGCAAGUGAAGUGCACCAGAUGCACUGGAGUUAUGACAAACUAAAGAACACUAUGGACUGGCUGCCAAAUGGCACAAGAUAAAAAAUAUUUAUAAGAAAAAUAAUGGUUAUUAUUAUCAUAUAGUGUGGUAUUUGUCAUUAUACAGUGUUCCAGGUAAUUAGAAAUCUCAUUUGUAAUGUCUUGUGUGAUAACAAUCUAUGUAUUUAACUAUAAUAUGAUAUAUUUUUCAUACUAGCAUCCAGCUGAGCAGUGAAUUUUGUUUUAGCCAAUCACAGUGCAUUUAGCUUUUUUUGCCGCCGGCCCUUAUUCCCAGACUACUGUAACCUAACUUUUGCGUCUUUUUUUUGACUAAAAUAUGAUGUACAUGCUUACAAGAACCAGAAGUAUGGGAAGGAAGAAUAAAAACAAUUUCACUUUAAUGCCAGGUUUGCUUGUAAUCAUUCUUUUUAGCUUAGGGCUUGUCAUUUUGUCCAAUCAUGCUUUGUGCGCAGCAUUCACUGCUCAGCUGGAUAGUUGAGAUGGACAAAGUUAGUCAUAUCUAUACUUUUUAAACAAAACUCUAAUUUCCAUAACAAGAGUUUAUAUAUUUUCUAUUAUCACUCUUCUGUUAUAAUUUAUGCAGGUACCGCAGAGCGUAAUUUUGAUUGUGGCUAGCAAUGGCCAAAGGCAGGGGCAUCUACCGUAGGGGGGUUUGAAAAUUUUGAAGUUGAGACCCUUGAAAAUGCAAUUUCGAGUGUAAUUUGACAUAGCAGCAAAAUUGUAGCCCCCAUAGCACUGUGGUAUAAAUUCCAGAAUAUAUCCAAAACCACUUCUACAAAAAAUAAAAGAGGUUCCUUGAUUUUUUGUCCCCAGUAUUUCAUUAGGUGUACACAUUAACAAAUAUUUUCAUUUGUUAAGUAAAUUAUAUAUAUAUAUAUACACACAGUGUUUCACAUAUUUAUUAGCAGCAUGUAAAGUGCAGUGU